AUGGAGUUCGUAGCGUUUGAUUUUAAAUUAUUUUGUUCCGAUAACGGGAACAAACAAGUCAGCAACCUGCAGGAUUUUCUUGGGUACUUGGACGAGAAUGGCGCCGCUGAUGCAUUCCCGCCAUUCCUAUACCAAAAAAUUGCCUUAGAUAUAGCCUAUGGCUUACAGUAUCUGCACGAGUCAAAGGUUUACCACAGAGAUCUGAAAACAUCAAAUGUCUUGGUGUCUAACAUGCAUUACAGUAACAAAGACUUAAACAGUGACGAUAUUUUGGCGUCUUUUAACAUCGAGCCUGUUAUGUGCAAAUUAACUGACUUUGGCGAAAGCAGGUCUGACGAAAUCCAAACCCAAUUAUUAGGCAACACUAGAACCAAUAAUGUCGACAGAGGCACUCCGUCCUUUAUGGCUCCAGAAAUUCACACGAUGCAAGAAGUUCGGGCAGAAGACUUAAAACGCAUUGACAUGUGGGCGUACG